AGAUCGGUCAGAUCUUAAAUUUCAGAGAAGUUUUUUUUUGUAUUUAGGCAUUUAUUGGUGUCAUUUUAUUGUUGUCUGAACGUACAAAAUUUGCAAAAUACGCAUAAAAUGAGCUGGAUUUUAGAUUUAUGUAGUUUCUAGAUAGGUGUUCUUAUGCUGUGCUAGUGUAGUAAAACUAGGAUAAUACGUUGAUUACAGAUUGAACCCGUAGUUUCGUUCCAGAUUUAAUUUCCACAAUGGGAAAUUCGCACAGCAGCAAAAGCAGUCCUGGAGGUAAACAAGCAGCUCGACUUUCUGUGGGUAUUUCAGAAGUUCAAGAUAACCCGGCCGGCCCUGGCACCAAUGGAGCCCCUAAAGGGAUGACUCGAACAGCUUCAGGAGCUGAUCUUCAGGAUCGUUUACAAACGCAAUAUCAUCCCGUCGAGAGACUUGGCAAAAUUUUGGCCAAAAAAUGCGACGAUGAAUAUGGAAUCAACGGAAUAACCGAAGACAUUUUUGCUAGAUACGUAUUCCCCAAAUUCACGGAUCUGGGAUCAAAACUUUUUAAAUAUCUACGUCACAAUAGCCGAGCAAAAACUGAACAUCUAGGAUUAACGGCGUUUAGACAACAAUGUGAAAAGUUUCUCGGAAUUUUAGAUGAUUCAGUGAUACUUGAAAACUAUGUGAAAAUGUUUGGAGAUUUAAAUGAAACAGAGCUUAUCAAGCCCGACAAUCUUAAGGAUCUGCUUAGAACCUGCUAUAAUUUGGCCAUGGCUCACUAUCAGGAUGGACCACAAACAUGUCGAUUACUUGAUCGUACUCUGAACUCUGUUGUUCAGUCGUGUUUUUUCUCCAAAGAAUCGUUAAGCUCUGGAUACAUAUGCCGCUGGUUGGAAAAUAAUGUGCCUCGACUGGUGCUUCCUGUACAUAAAUAUUGCGUGCAUGUACUAAGCACGUCUCAUCGCAUCAUUAUUGACAAUAGUAUGAAGAACAAUAGCGACACAGUGGUAUCCAUCAGUGCCAUCAACGCUGGAGAAGCCAGUUAUGGGUUAGAACUGCAAACUCCUAUUUUGGAAAAAGGAUGCCCAAACUUCAAUGCUAAUUCUGCGAAUCAAGCAAGUUCUAGUAAACCUCUAACCCAGGAAGAUCGUGAACGAUUAAUAAUUCAGCAGCCACUGCUGCCACUUUCAGAGGCUUGGUUGCUAGCUGGAUCGUUGCCUCCUUCAUAUUCCAGACCACAAUCCAUCCAACCUCCACUAAACUCAAAUUCAUCCAAUUUGGCGUCUCACGUUUUCAUGGCAAAACUUCUUUCGAUGGUACCAUCGCACUGGACCCUUUUAUACGACUCUCGACAAGACGGUUCGGGAACAAACCGUUUCUUACACCAUGUUUUGGGCUACCGUGGUCCCAAUUUAAUCCUAUUUCGCUGUGACGACGAUUUGCUGUUUUGUGUGGCAAAUCCAAACGAAUGGCGCGAAACGCAUUUGUACAUAGGCGACGAGGACAGCUGUUGUCUGCAGUUAUUGCCCAAAUUUGUCAUGUUGGAAAAAAAGCCGAAAAGUUUGUAUUUGAACACGCACAUUCGUGGUUAUCCGAAAGGGCUACGAGCCGGUUCAGAUCCACGCAAACCGGUGUUGAUCGUGGAUGAAUAUUUUGAAAAACUGGAGCAUCGUGGACUACAACACAAAAUUUUAUCUAUAGAAGUGUGGGGCUGUGGAAACUCACAACAGCGAGAGAUUCAGUUGGACAUAAAAAAUUGGCAAAUCAAAGAAGCAGAACGUCAACGUACAGUUAAAAUGACUGCGGCUGACUGGAUGGACCAUCCUGAUCGGUACCUGCUAGAACUCGGCGGUCGUCAAAAUUAUAAUAACUCGACAUCUUAAAUUUUAAGUGUUUUAUUCCCCGUAUCCUUAGCAGACUCAUUGCAAAUAGGUACUUACAGCACUAAUUUGAUAUCAAGCAAGUGAUUAGUUCAUGUUAUUUUGUGAAUAUUUGCAGAGAGGUAAGUUGCUAAUUUAUAUUACAUAUUUAACAAUAAGCAACAAAAACUUAAAAAAAAACUGGCAAUAAAUAUACACGAAAAUAUAGAAUGAUUCGAUCGAGUCGAAGAAUGGA